AUGUGGGGCAAGAGGGAGAGGUUAGUUGUGGUCUAUAUGGAUUGGAACUUCAUAGAAAUGAGGUUGGAUGCACUAGGCCGAGUGGGGCGAGAGGGAGCUGUAGACGUAUGGGAUGGGCUACGAGCUUGGCAUGAAUGGACUGGAAAUGUAAGUUGGUUAGUGCAUACGGGUGAGCUAUGGCAUGGAAUGUGUGUGGGUAGAGGACUGGUGGUGUGGCUCGUGGGAGCUUGGUGUGUGGGCGGUAGUAGUGUGGGCAUAUGGAUGCUAAUAAUGGUUGUGAUGGGGCUAAUACAAGAAGGUUGUCAAAAGGGGUUUCCGGUGUGGUUUUGUAAGGUAGGGGAGAAACUACUAAAGGUGAGGGUGAGGUUGGUGUAA